AUGUCCCAACCAGAUCGUGCCCGUGAUCGCACAGCUCCUUGGUACUCGAUUCCAGCGCGCGAGAUCGUUACCGUUGAACAUCCAUGCGUGGUGCAGAACAUAGAUAAAGGAAUUCAAACCCUCGACGGGAACGGCGGCAUUUCAAGGGCAAGCAAAACCUCAGAGCAUCCCUUCCUUCUGAAACCCCCUCGCCAAGAUGCAUCAAUCAACUUAUUUCUAUGCCCUGAGGAUGGCAUGAGCAGGCCUUUGUCCUCCACGUGUAACCCAGCAAACAACAUCUUGUUGAAGAUUACUGUCCCCAAGAGGACUGGUCGCAAGCGCAAACGUGGUUCGAAUGAGCCCUUUACCAGCACCGACCAUGAUGCUGCUGAAGGAGACUGUGGGUCUAUUUCUUCCAACCCUCCACUACCCUCCCGUGCUCUAUCCGCGCGGGCCUUGCUACGGCGACUCCAGGAUAGCGUGGGAAAAUACGAGGUCGAAGCAGUUGGUCGCAUCGAGCGGAUGCAUGUCUUUCGUGCCUCCAGCCCGUUUAUGACGAAAUUCAGGGAGAAGGUCUUACCGUUCCGAUACGACAAACUCAAAGAGUUUCAAUUUGAUAUGACCAAAGGCUGUACCACAAACGUUGACAUCAUCCCGCCUCCCGCCCUAAGCCGUGGAGACGUCCCCUUCAGCUACCUCUACCGCCAAAACCCCACCGUCAAGCAAUCAAUCGGCCCAUCGGGCGAAAUAACAACCACCAACACGCAGCAAAUCGUGAAAGUCCUCACGCACCUCGUAGCCUGCGACGUGCCUUCGGUCCCCACCGGCCCCAGCGAAAACUGCCCGCCAAUCCACACCCUCGACCAAACGCUGCAGGAAACAAUCUCGAUCCUCCAAUCCCUCUUCGAAACCCGCGUGGCCUGGACCCGCCGCGGCCUACGAAACCACCUCGCCACCAACGAGCAGAAAUACGCCCUCCGCCUCGCCGUGCCGUACGUCGGAUACAUCUUCCGCUCGGGGCCGUGGCGUGACGCGAUUGUGAAAUUCGGCCACGACCCGCGCCUCGACCCCUCCUCCUGCGUCUAUCAGACAUUCAUGUUCCGCACGCUCCCAUCCAGCAUCACCGAGCAACUCGAUAACGACAACAGCAACGGCAACGGCAAUGGCAAUGGCAACGACAAUAACAAUAACAAUAACACUGCCCCCGCACCUGCGAACCAAACGACGACAAUAACAACAUCGAUAUCGAACAGACGCCAGACCCGCCCGCUCCUCUCCUCCGCCGUCCCCGCCGCCGAAACCACCCCCGCAGCCCCCUCCCACAUCUUCACCGGCCAAGCCCCGCUGCCCCGCGACGGCAAGAUGUGGAUGAUCUGCGACAUCACCGACCCCAUCCUAACCUGA